AUGAUUCUGGGAACCGUAACUAAGAUACACAAAGUAAAUUCUACAGUUUUAGGUCAAGAUAGAAUGAUAAGGACUUAUACUUUUCUGUUACGGUUCUUCAAAUUGCAUUUGUUAAGGAAAAUGAAAAGUGGUGAAUGCCUUUAGAUGUGGUAAAACAAAGUUGAUAUUAUAUGUUCACACUUUUCUAUGACUAGAAGAAUAUUACGAUGGUCACGAACAGCAUUCUAUAUUCAGAUUCUAAUGAAUAAACUCAAAUAGUAAUCGAGCAAAAAUGAAUUAAAAUAUUACAGAAAUCUAAAUGAUGUUUUAUUUUAUGCUUACCUAAUACUUACGGAUGUGAAUGAUCUAAUCUUUUGGAUGUGUUAAAUUGGAUUGUGUAGAAAUGUCAAAUUAUUGUUAAUAACCAAAGAAAUCAGUCCAAAAUUUUACUUUGCUGAAUGUAUAGGGUGGUUUAUAACUCUGUGUCUAGAAUAUAGAGUUAAUCAAUAAGAAAUUUAUAAAUCAUAAGUGCAAAACGAUCCCAAGAAUAAAAUUAAAACUCGAUAGAUUCAGAUCUUAUAGAAUUUAGUAAAAUACAGUCUAGAUAUACCAGUGUCUUAUUCUUAUGUGAACACAAAAGCAAUUUCAUAAGAGAAAGCAGUUAUUCUAGGAACUAUUUCAAGUUUCAUAAGUUUAUAUCAAACUUUUUAAUAACAUUCUGGUGGCUUUUAGUGA